AGUGAGUGAGAUUGGAGAUCAAGAAUGUCAAUACCAGUUCUUCAAACAUGUAAAAUGAUGAGAAAAAGGAAGACAAAAGUGUAUAAUUUCCAUAGUUUUGGUGACCCAGGUAGCGCAAUAAACCCUACUGGUCCUUUUAGAGAUAACAUUAGAGCCUUUCUUCAAGAAUGUGCAGAACCUGAAGAUUAUAAUGUUGAUGGUAUGCCUGUUUGGUGUACUCACCUUGCUAUCGAAAGCAAAAGCACUGUUUUGCCUCUUUACACCAUUGAAGAGAAUGCCAAUGACUCUCCAAAUCCCUUCUGUGAUCACUGCCGAUGCACUGGUUGGGGUGAUAAUUUUGUGACUAGAAGAAGGUAUCAUGUGAUUAUACCUAUAGAUGAAGAGUGGAAUAAGAGACUUGAAGAGGGUGUUUUUGAUGUGCAUACUCAUAUCUUACAUGGGUUGAUUCACUGCAAUGGAUUUGGUCAUUUGCUCUGUAUUAAUGGCAUUGAAGGGGGUUCCAAGACCCUUUCUGGUAGAGAAAUCAUGGAUCUUUGGGAUCGUUUAUGUAUAAAUCUACGAGCUAGAAAAAUCAGUGUUGAGGAUGUUUCAAAGAAGCGAUUCAUGGAUCUUCGAUUACUUUAUGGAGUUGCAUAUGGGCAUUCAUGGUUUGGGAGAUGGGGCUAUAAAUUCUGCCGGGGAAGCUUUGGUGUUACAGAGCAUAACUACAACAGUGCAAUUGAGAUUCUUAGCUCGUUAGCACUUAAUAAGAUCAUUCAAGACUUCAGCAACACAAAUGAAUACAAAGAAAUGAAGCAGAUGAUUGAUUACUAUAGAAACUUGAGCGAAACCCAGUUGAUCACAUUCAGGGAUCUUCUCAGGUUCAUGCUCACGAUCAAAUCAUGUCCUUGUGCGCAGAAGAAACUACGCUUGGCUGCUGAUGCCACUGCUUCAUCUUCUGCUCCAAAGUCUACUGCCCGUGUAGCAGCAUUACAAAAGAAGCCUUUAGUGAAGCAAAAAUGUACAAGAUAUAGAAAGUUUAGUUCUUUAAUUGGGAGUUUGGAGAGUAGAUGGCCUGCAAGAAGACUAGAAUAUACAGCUGGGGUGAUUGUUGAUGCACUGAAGGCGAAGAAGAAGGCUGACAAGUAUAGUCAUGGAGGGAUGACUCGGCAAGAUGUGAGAGAUGCAGCUAGAAUGCACAUUGGUGAUACUGGUUUGCUUGAUUAUGUGCUGAAAUCAAUGAACAACGUGAUUAUUGGAGGUCAUGUUGUUCGCCGCGCAGUGAAUCCCAAAACAAAGAUUUUGGAAUACUCAAUUGAUGAGCUAGGUAAAGAGAAUAGGUCUGCUGGAUUAACUGAAAUAGAAGCAGCAGUUCCAGAGCCACUUCCAGCAGCACCUGUUCCAGGAGCUGAUUUGUAUGCUGAUUUGGGCUACUUGUACUUGAAAGUUCUACUGAACUACCCAGAAUCAGAACUGGCGGAAUUGGCGACUCAGACAAUUCUUGAUUCCAAGCAUUUUGUCAAGGUGUGGCCUUUUAAAGAUGAAGAAGAUGAGUUGUUGAGAUUCAUAUGCCAAGUGAUGCCUAACAUCAUUCAUCUAGAAGUUGAACUGAAAAAGGAAUUACCUCCUGGGGAAAUUGUUGUCCUUCCAUUGCACUCCACAGUUGCAGAACUCAAGCAAGCUGCGGAGAAUGCAUUGAGGGAUACUUACUGUAUAAUGGAGAACUUUGAGGUGACAGAGAUAAAUCAGAUGGAAGAACUGAUGGAUGAGGAGUUGCUGUUUGGAAGUGUUGAAUCUGGUGCAGAACUUUUUAUGAGAGGGAACGGUAUGGACUUAAACACUGAAUUGAGAUACGAAAGUGGACCUGAUAACUGGAAGGUGAGAUGCCAAUGUGGGGCUGAAGAUGAUGAUGGAGAGAGAAUGGUUGCUUGUGAUAUCUGUGAGGUAUGGCAGCAUACUCGCUGCAAUGGCAUUGAGGACUCUGAGGCUGUGCCUCUGCUUUUUGUCUGUACAAGAUGCUGUGAUUCUAUGAUAAAAUCAAGGAAAAAAGUGAAAGUGGAAAUUGGGAAUUCUGAAGAUCUGUUGAUGAUUCCAGCAAUAUUUCAAGACUUUGCUAAUGAUGGUAUUGGGAUGUUACUAUGAUAACUGAUCAUUGAGUUUAGAGCGACAAGUAAUCCGACUUCCAUAAAUGAUGCAUUAUAAACUGAUGAUUCUUGUGUCAAAGAAUAUCAGAAUCAGUUUACAUACAUAAGAGUUAGUACACAACUCUUUUUGUAAAAUGAUGUAAAAGUUUUGUACACAAUUCUUGUAGGUGAAUGA